GUUGCUCCUUUGUGGCAGUCGGUGGGCUUUUGUGGGAGGCCGGUCCUCUUGCUCGCGCAUCCUUCCGAGCGUCGGUCGGUCUGUCCGUCCGCCGCGGGGCCUGUCUGCCGGACGCGCUCUGCGGCCGAUAGCUCCUGACGGCUGAGCCUGAGGCCGGCCCUGGUCCCGGCCCGCAGUGUCCCGGGCGGAGUGUGUGACGGGCUGCGUGGGGCGGGGGUGAUGGGGCGUGAGCGCAGCCUGGGGUGUGAGGCGUUUGCUGAGCCUGCCUGACCCCGACCUUGGUGGGAGGGGGGUCCGCAGGGGGCUUCGCGUGCGUGACCGUGCAGCGGGGAGUGCGUGUGCGACCCCCCGGGGCUCCCCUGCAGGCUGUCCCUGAGCCCCAGGAGCAGGACCCGCGCCUCUGGGCCUGGCUUGGGGCCCAGGAGGCUGCAGAGCUGCCCACGCCUCCGGGGAACGCUGCCGAGGGGCGCCAUGGAGACCCCUGCCCCGAAGCCCCAGGAGACAGCUCUGCCCUCUCAGGAGCCUGCUCUUACCCUCAAAAAGAAUCCAGAGGAUAAAUUGGGUCAGGGUCUCCCGGAAGCCAGUUCCGAGGAAUCAGUGACUUUCAAGGAUGUGGCUGUGGACUUCACCCAGGAGGAGUGGGGCCAGCUAGACUCCCCUCAGAGGGCCUUGUACCGUGACGUGAUGCUGGAGAACUACCAGAACCUUCUUUCCCUGGCAGGACCCCCAGUCUGUAAGCCAGAUGUGAUCUCCCACCUGGAACGAGGCGAGGAGCCAUGGCAGAUGCCCAGAGAAGUCCCUGGAGGGGCUUGUUCAGAAGGGGAGCCCGGGCCUGGGGUGAAGGACAGGUCGUGUCAACAGCAGGGCGUUUACAAGGAAGAGCCUUGCCAAGAGCCGAUCACCGAGCCACUGGGGCGGUCUAGGGUCCAGAGCUCCGGUCUGGGCGUCGGGCAGGCCCGCGAGGGCCCCGCGGCUGCUCCCGUGCGGGGUGAGGCUGCGCUGCGGAGGUCAGCACCAGGCGGCAGUGGGCAUGUUCCCCCGGAGGGGCACUGGCACGGCCACAAGGCUUUGGAGAAGGAUUCCCCCCCUGGGUGCACCCUCUUCACCCCCGAGGCCAUUCCUGCCCAAGGAGACCCUCCUGACGGGCCCACCGAGAGCUUCCAGUCUGGCGAGGCGGCCCCCAGGCAGCGGAGCGCAGGCCCAGGGAGAGGCCCCGGCAAGUCCAGCGAGCGCGGCGAACACCCACCCGGGAGCGGGCAGCGGGGCGCCGUGGCCGGGGCUGGCCUCUUCGUGUGUGGUGAGUGCGGGAAGGCCUUCAGGCAGAGCUCGUCCCUGACCCUACACCGGCGGUGGCACGCCCGGGAGAAAGCCUACAAAUGCCACGAGUGCGGCAAGGCCUUCACCUGGAGCACCAACCUCAUCGAGCACCAGCGCAUCCACACCGGGGAGAAGCCGUUCUUCUGCGGCGAGUGUGGGAAGGCCUUCAGCUGCCACUCGUCGCUGAACGUGCAUCACCGGAUCCACACGGGCGAGCGGCCCUACAAGUGCAGCGCCUGCGAGAAGGCCUUUAGCUGCAGCUCACUGCUCAACAUGCACCUGCGUGUGCACACGGGCGAGAAGCCGUACCAGUGCGGCGCGUGCGGCAAGGCCUUCAACCAGAGGACGCACCUGACGCGCCACCAGCGCAUCCACACCGGCGAGAAGCCCUACCAGUGCGGCGCGUGUGGCAAGGCCUUCACCUGCCACUCGUCCCUGACGGUGCACGAGAAGAUCCACAACGGGGACAAACCGUUCAAGUGCGGCGAGUGCGGCAAGGCCUUCAGCAGCCGCUCGCGCCUCACCCUGCACCAGCGCACCCACACGGGCGAGAAGCCGUUCAAGUGCGGCGCGUGCGGCAAGGCCUUCAGCUGCCACUCCUACCUCGUCGUGCACCAGCGCAUCCACAGUGGCGAGAAGCCGUUCAAGUGCAACGAGUGCGGCAAGGCCUUCAGCUCCCACUCCUACCUCGUCGUGCACCAGCGCAUCCACACCGGCGAGAAGCCCUUUGACUGCAGCCGCUGCUGGAAGGCCUUCAGCUGCCACUCGUCCCUCAUCGUGCACCAGCGCAUCCACACCGGGGAGAAGCCCUACAAAUGCGGCGAGUGCGGCAAGGCCUUCAGCCAGAAUCACUGUCUCAUCAAACAUCAGAAGACCCACGCUGGGGAGAAGUCAUUCAGGUGUAACGAGUGUGGGGAAAUGUUUGGCUGGAGUGCCCACCUCACAGAACACCGGAGAAGACACAGCGAGGAGAAGCCCUUUGCCAUCCAGUUCAACAAGCACCUGCUGAGCACCUACUACGUGCCAGGCGCCCUGCUAGGCGCAGGGGGCGCGGGCGUGAGCAGCGUGGAUCCAGUCGACGCCCUGGACAUGGCAAAGCUCCUGUGUGCGGCGCAGCCCUCGGCCAGCAGGACUUCCCCGCUGGGCAGCGAGCCUGGAAAUUAGUGCGGUGUGCCCGCCCUCGGCCCUGCUCCUCCCCCAGAAAGCACAGCAGCUCAGACAUGCACAGCCUGCCCGUGCCUCCACAGUAGAGACUGGCCCUGCCGCCUGUGCCCAUGUCCCACGCGCUGGGACAACUCUCUCAGAGGUCAUCACCGCCCCAGUGAGCGCGCCACUGUAGGAGAGGAGCCGAGGGCCAUCUGAGGAAGUCCCGUCAUCCUGCUUUCCUUAAUGGGCUUGCAAGACACUGACACGGGGAAUAGGUCUUUCCUGCAGACAGAAAGAAAGUAUAUCGAUCAUUGUGUCCUCGGACGGGCUCCUGGCAUGAUCUCGAUCAGGAAUUUCCUUUGUACGUGGUUAUGUUUAGAAUGUUAAUGAUGAUAAUAAAAACAAACAGAAGAGUUAUGAACAGUAUUCCAAGUGAACGUUAAGUAUAUUCCAGGAGGGGAGAAUGAUCUUGAAUGCUGGGGGUUUAGGAAAAGGCAGAUUUCCUGGACUCACCUCACUAAAGCAGCUCUACUGCAGGGUCAUCUGGUAGUGACAGCACCUGUGCCUCGGGAGCAUGGCCCAGCUUCGGUGCAGCCAGGUCCUGACAUGCCAGCAUUGGGCCUGGCCAUCUAGUCCCCGCUGGGAAAUGGCGAGCACACAGGUGGGUGCUCGGCGUCCAUCCAGGGUCUGGUGCUGGGAUAGAUGUGUCUAGAAGCGCACCUUCACCCUGCAGGGCCUCCCUCUGCUCCAGUGAGCUCCGCUCACUAGCUCAGCCCUACGGAAGGAGCCCCUCCAUGGAGCCUGUCCCCAUGCUCUCUGCAGUGGUGGGCGGGGUUCCUCUGGAAUUAAUGUUCGUUCCGCUCAGUCCUAAGCAAGUCUAAGCUGCUUUCUUAGUGAUAAUACUUUACAUUUAUAUAGAGAGCUAUAGUUUAUGAAAUGCUUUUUGGUAUACUUUUUAAAUUAUGGCAGCAAAAUAACUACAUUUUGGGAAAUGUGGAAGUAAGGAAAAAGACCCCCAUAAUUCCUAAUAAAUUGCAUUCCGCACUUUGAUACAUUACCUUCUGCUUGUUUCAAAGUGGAUUUUUACAUUACUGCAAAUAUAGUGUAUAUAUCAUUUUAAUCUUUUUUUUCUACCUAGCUGCAUAGCAGAAUUUUUCCCCACGUAACUGAACUGUCUGGAGUUAUAAUUCUCAGUGGAGAACAUCCAGUAGAUGUUCUUUUGUUGGAUGUUGAGGUUAUUUCCAUGUUUUCACUAUUAUAGAUCGUUUCACUGUUACAACCAUUCUUCAUAGAUCAUCUUUUUGCAUUAUACUUCUUUAGCGUUUUCUUAGAUUUCUAAAAGUGAAAAUUUUGAGAUAAAGGAAAUGAACAACCUCAGGAAUCAUUUCUGUAUGGUUUUGAUGGUGUGUAAAGUCACACCAUUUCAUUAGGAAGAAAUCGUCAGCAAUAGUGGUCAGGUAGGAACGUCCCCCACAUGGCAUCUCCCAGAGACAGAGGACUCCCUGCUCAAAGCUGGGUGUCCAGACAGUCUUCAUUCAGGGCACGGUGACCACACAGCGGUGCUCCUGGGCACCUACCACCCCACUGCGUUCCUCCAGAGUGUGCAAGCCGGCCUCCCGUAACAUGGUCCCUGGGGUCACAUCGUGGCAGCCCACAGUCGCUUAUCUGACAAGUAAGAAAAGUCCUAUUGUACAGCUGCAUUUGUAAAAGACAAAUACAGUCUGGGCUUAGUUCAUCAUUAUCAAACUCAUUUUUCUCCUUACUUCAAAAGAACUUAAAAUGAAAACAUCUCUGUGGGGCCCUGGACACAGUGGCUGCUGUCAGCCCUGCCGUGAGUGCUUCUAGGUACUCAGCUGAGUGGCACCUUACGAUCACCAUACUUUGCACCUUCAAUAAUUAAUGCGGUUGGAUAUUGAACAUGCUUUGAUUCUUUUUUUUUUAAAGAUUUUAUUUAUUUGAGAGAGAGAGAAUGAGAGAUAGA